CCGUUCAGUGUGAGGUAACGUUACUCACCCUGAGGAGGACUUGAUUUUAUUUGUGAAGCUGCAUAAUGCAAUACAAGGAAUGUGCUGCAACCAAUGCCAAACAACGGUGUUGCGCUGGGAACAUACGCUUCAGGGGACUCGGCAGGCGCGUAACAUUGAACCCAAGAAGCAAUAAAUCACUUGACGAGGUUUAUUUUUCAGAUCGAGAGUGCGACUAACAGAAGAUUAUGGCUCCUCUCUAUCUGCAAUUGUUCAAGAAGACAGGACUCACACAGGAGAGUCAUCCUUCAUUGGCUCUCUACGGUUUACUGGUGUCUGGAGGCGCCCUGCUUUUCCUGGUGCUGCUCUCAUUCCUCUGUACUUCCUGCCCAAGAAACAAUAAGGAAAAAAAAAUUAAGGCUGAAGGUGUGAAGUUGGUUGGUAUGUCUGCAGGCUACAUCCCCCAACUUCGACCAGUUAGCACACCUGAAACAGGAGCACAUGAUCCCAACAGAAUGCACUGCAAUGGUGAAGGAGGUCUGAGAAGCUGGCAGGUUGACUAUCUCCGACUGUCAGGAACAGAACUUUCACAGGAGGGAGAGAAUCAGGACUCAAGAAACUCGUGGCUUCACCAGAGCAGAGAAUUGCCCCGUGCUUCUGGAGGAAAGCAGGUACAAGAUAUGGACCAUGUGUAUUCCCAGGUUAAAGACUUCUCUUGUCAGCAGAACACUAUUGAAGAUUCAUUGUAUGAGAGUGUUGGAACAAAUUAUGGACAGAAUCCUGGUGAUCGCCGGUCUGAACCUAGAUGUGGAAUAGAAAUUACUGUAUCAACUCAAAGCCAACAAGGUUUAAUGGAACCAGCUGUUUACAUGGACGUACCAGAGUAUGCCUCAAUUCGAAGGGCAAAGAAAAGAGAAAACAGUCCAAAUCUGGAUGAAAAACAAUCAAGGAGAAAUGUAAACAAUGGUUGUGUGUUUUUACCUGGAACCAGAAACUACAGAGAAGAAUUAAGAAUUAAUGAAAAUUAUGAAGCUUUUACAGAAACUGAGAAUUUCAACUCUAGAAUACAAGGUAGGCUGAGUCCUUUCACAGAUCGUGAUGCAGAAGAAUCGCUGGAAGAAUUUGUCGAGGGGAGAAGUGCAUGUGGGAGCCUAACUGAAGAGCAGCUUUAUACAAACAACAUCUUUGUCCAGAGGCAAAGCCGCUAUGUCAGUAAGUCCCAUGAAAAGCUCCACUCACUGACAGAUGAAGAGAUUGCUGGAAUGUACUCUAAGGUGGCAAAGAAAGGUUUCAGAAAGAAAAUGCCUUUACCAGUAAAUAUGGGACUUCAAAGAGAAGACAAUGCAAAAUUCUACUCCUGGUCGACAGGGAAUAUAAAUGAAGAAGAAUCUGAUUACGAAUCAAUCAAGAGUCCACGCUGGCAUACAGGCAGUCAGCUCCUGGGAGGGAAACCUGGUUAUGUUCCAGUUAAUGAAAGGACCUGGCAAAUGAAAUUCCCACAUGAAGAUGAAAAUGAAGAAGAAGCAGAGCCAGGUUACGAAGCAAUCAAUAUAAAAUGGAAGAGAAAUAAAUCACUAAAUAUUGCUCAUGAGAGGCAGGCAGAAAAUUAUUAUGAAAGUAUCAAUGAACUACAACAGAGUCGUACUUCUACACAUGGUAUGACAUCUGAUGAUGCCGAGGACGCCUUUAUAACAGGACUCUAGGGUUUUUGUGAGGAUAGUGCAGUCAUUACAUCUAAACCAAAUAAUACUUUAUCGACAAAUCUUUUUCAAAAGAAGGCCCAUAAAAUAGUACAACAUAAUUUGAUCUUUUUAAAUAAGUUAAGACUUUUGCCUUAUGAGAUAUCCUUUAAUUUUUAAAUUCAUUUGCUGGGAUACACAAUAGAUUUUGAGAUUACUGCUGUCAUACUGAUGAGCACUUAAAGGAAUAAACAGGCUAAUGUCAAGUAAAACUUAAGCCUACUUUGAAGUCGUGGUAAGAGCUAAAAGCAGGAUGUUUAUUAAGCAUUUCCUGCAAGUAUCAGCAGUUAUCAUUUCCAGACCAGCAUCUUUAUUGUUAGUAGCCUUCAGAGGUGUAAUUAAUCUUCAUUAUAAACGAGUCAUGGUC